AUGAUGACUCGCAAAGCUUCAGCACAAAACACCGAAUUCAAAUUAAGGCAAACAUUAGAAGAACUGAAGCGGUCUAAAGAAACAUGUGAUCAGCUGCUCCGAGAACGUGAGGAGAGUGAAGAAGAAAUAAAGAAAAUUAUUGCAAAAAAUUCACAAUUGAAGAGUGAGCUCGCUGAACUGCACUCUCAACAUGAAGAAGUGCUUUAUCAACGUGAACAACUACACAACACCCUCAGUAGUUGUAGCAAGGAAUUUGACACAUAUGAGAGGGCUCUGCAACGCAUAGAUGACCUAGAACAAGAACUUCGUGUAGCGAACUGUCAAAUAAAUCAAUAUGCGGAAACUCAACAACUGCAGGAGACUCAACAUACUCAAAGCCUCUUCGAGGAGCUCAUGGCAUCACCUGGAACACCCCUCACCCCACAAUGUUUAAUUUCUACCAAUAGAGAAGUAACCCACCACCCACUAAGUAUAAAAAAAGUUAAAAAAUAUGUACGAAUUAGUAAAUUUAUUAAAAGAACAGAAAAAAUUAUUAAAAGAAACCAAGGCUAUCAUAGAAACAUUACUCUUAGAAAAGAAAAAGAUAGUUUAUUAGACUCACUAGAAAUUUACAGUUCAAAAUUGAAUGAGAGUAGGCAAAUGUAUGACCGGGAUACUAAACAAUUACAUCUAGAAAUUCAGAACUUGCAUGCUUCUUUGGAAAAUAUGGAGAAAAAAUACCUAAGUGCACAAAAACAAAUAACUGAACAUAUCAUGUCAGCUACUGAGUUAGUUGAUCUUUGCAAUUAUAAUGCUGAAAGAUAUGACUCUUUAUUAAAAAAUCAAUUAAUCGGUUCUAGAAAUGAGUCUUCUAUACCGGCAUUAUCUAGUAACACACAGAGUGUGAUUGAACAAGAUCUCAGUCAUUCAUCUGCUAUUUCACAAUCCAUAAGUACAACUUACAAUACAAUUCCUUUCAGACCAGUGGUGUCAAAUAAUUUAAAUAACAGUAAAACAAUUAUGUUUUCUGACGGUCUAGGACAGGGAAUGGGGUUAACAAUUAAAAGUAAAUAUGACCAAAACUUUAUAAAUAUAUGUACUCCAGGACAAUCGCUAAAUAACAUUGUUAAUAAAAUUAAACCACAAGAAUUGGAUAGUUUCACUAACAUUAUUAUUUUAUGUGGUGACAGUACCUUAACUUCAACACGGGACAUUUUGAUUAAUAUUAAAAAGUUGCUAAAAAUUCAAUCGGAAACAAAUUGUAAAAUGAUAAUUAGUGCUUAUCCUUAUGUGCAUAACUACACUAAAGAACAAAAUGAACGCAUAUAUAAAUUAAAUUUAAAUAUCUAUAAUUUGAUAUCUCAUCAUAGCGAUGAUAUUUUAUACUUUGACAUUAACAAAUAUAUUAGUAAAUUUAAGUUGACAAUAGAUACUAUGUACCUAGCAAAGUUAUAUAGGACUCGGAUAGCUACUCUGUUAGCUUUCAAUUUAAAAAAUUCUGUUAUAGUUGAUAUAACAAAGUCUCAUUACUGUGUUAGUAAUUCUACUAACGUAAAUAGUACUAUACCCAUUUCCAACUCAGUUUUAAACUAA